AGUACUUAUGGCAGACGAGUUUUGUGUAUCACAGAAGGUCCGGAGAUGUGUUUUAUUGUCCGUUACUCCUUACACAUCUACAUUGUCGUAGUCGGGCUUGUGGCGUUCUCAGGAAUAGUGGAUAGAUACGUCGACCGACACCUGGCCGCUCACAGGACUCUCGCCAGGCUACCGGCGGUCGUUGAGAACGGGUUUAGGCAUUACCAGCUAACAGACGAUGAGACCCUGAUCCUGGCCACGGUAAAGGAGGAGGGCCGGGCCGGGCGCCCUGAGCUGGUCUGGUGCGGUCUCUACACGGGACCAAACCUCCCUCAGAAACUCGCCAAGAUAGAGACAGAGGUGGGCAACAAGAACUCUGUCUUGUCACGGGCCAGUCAUAAAUGGCACUUCACCAGGGUGCUGACAGCCUGUCAGAGCGUGCGCGGUCCCAAUCUCGUCUACGACCCCAUCACUGACGAUGACGUGUACCUUCCCGGCAUGCCCCCUGUCCCACAGACAUGGUGCCAGCUCGGGUCCAACAUGGCGGGAAGUUUUGUCGGCUCGGUGGCGUCGGUAUUCUGCCCGGCUGAGGACUACAGAGCAAUGGCAACGCGAGCCUACCAAGAAGCGGUGUCCCGGGACAGAGCCGUGACGCUGCUACGGAAGGGUACAUACCCCGGGACAUGGUACUGUGGGACAGGGGACAGGAGCACGAGACUGGUGGAAUAUCAAUAUGAGUUCUUGUUAGGCAGUCUAGACUCGUGUUGCCUGGAACACACGCGGUGUGAGGAGACAAUUGAGCCCGGUCAGACGAAGUUCUCCCUUUACAACCCCGGUAGCCACCCGCUCCUACCCUGCUGGUGUGAGGCGUACUUCGAGAAAUGUCUACAAAAGGCCGGUACCUCACCAGCGCAUGACGUGGGGGACCUAUACUUCAACUACCUAGACAACACGUGUUACGAGCUGCAGCACAGAACCGUGUGUACGGGCGGACUGUUGGGCGUGUGCUGGCGGUGGGAGGCGACUCUGGUAGGGGUAACCCGGGACCUCUGGACAUUCAACCCGUAAUACUGAGACGUUACCUUUCCGUGCUUAUUACAUUCAACAGCACUCAGACGCUUGGUUAAAAUUUUUGUACAUGCUGCUUUCCUUCGGUAUCUUGUUCACGUCUUCCCAGAAGCUCUGACAUGGUACAUUAAAUAUAUGACUUCAUUUUAAUGGAAGCAUUAUUAUACAUAUUAAACACCCCGAUAAAUAAUUCGCUUCGUCUUAACUUUUAAAUCAGAACACAACGAAUGAUUUUCGUAGCGUCAAAACUUCAGUGUACAAUAUAAAUACAAAUGUAUUUGCAUACCACACCCGGUGCUAAGUCACUGUAUGGUACAUUGACUACAUAUACCAAAUAGUAUGUACUAGUACUUCAUGCCAUUAAAGAAGGAACUACGCGCUGUUUCAGGCAUACUUUACGCCUGGACUAAUGUACAUCAAGUACGGUAAGGGUCUCUUCACUUAGCUUCAAACCUCACUUGGUCUUAAAUACGCAGGACCUAAUUGUAACAAGUGUUUUCGAUGUAACAUCUAUGAUCAAUCGGUGCCCACAUGCCUGCAAGGCUGCUGUGUUAUGCCUGGGGGCGGUUAAGCUUGUUACGGCGCGGUCACACGUAUCUGUCAUAAGUCGACUCUGAUGCCGAACAAAUAAACAAGUGUACGACUUGA